AGGCUGGUCUCUGCGGUUGUAGGAAUAUGAGGAAGACAUAAGCUUACAAGUCAGGCCUGUGUCAGACUUAUGGCUGACACCAUGUCGGAGGGGGAAAGGCCACCGACGGAGGUUGUUUUCACUCAGCUGCAGCAAGGACAUAUUUAUAGCGACACAGGCUCCUCUGGACCCGAUGAUUUUUUCGAGGAGGACUCUUAUUCUCCGUCCUCCUUCUCCUCGUCCUCUUCGUCCGCGGUCCCACUGAGGCCUGUGUUGCAGGGGAAACCGGUGUGCACCCUUUGCGGCCUGCAGAUAGUGGACAGAUACCUCCUGAAGGUCAAUAACUUGUGCUGGCAUGUGCGCUGCCUCUCCUGCAGUGUGUGUAAGACUUCACUGGGCCGACACGUCAGCUGUUACAUCAGAGACAAAGAGGUCUUCUGCAAACUCGACUACUUCAGGCGGUAUGGGACUCGCUGCGCCCGCUGUGGCCGUAACAUCCAUUCCAGUGACUGGGUGCGUCGGGCAAGAGGUAGCACCUUCCACUUGGCCUGUUUCUCCUGCACCUCCUGUAAGCGCCAGCUUUCUACAGGGGAGGAGUGCGGACUACUGGAGAAUCGGGUCUUCUGCCGGCCACACUACGAUAUCAUGAUGGAGAAUAUCAAACGGGCCAAGGAAAACAAACAACCAAAAGCUGAAGAGAUGGCAGACAAAGAUGACCUCAGCGUUUUGCCCAAGCCAGCUAAGAGAGCCAGGACCAGCUUCACUGUUGACCAGUUACAGGUGAUGCAGACCCAGUUUGCUAAAGAUAACAACCCAGAUGCACAGACACUGCAGAAGCUGGCAGAGAGAACUGGCCUCAGCCGCAGGGUUAUUCAGGUUUGGUUUCAGAACUGUCGAGCUCGUCAAAAGAAACACAUCAGCCCAAAUCCUGGCCCGUCAACCAUGAUGACAUCACUUGUUCCUGGUCAGCUGACUCCACCUCUGAUGGAUGAUCUCCAGUACACAACCUAUAUUUCCCCAGAUGCACCCUUCCUCACCACACUGACUUAUAUGGAUGUUUGUUUUUUACCUCCACAGUCCAAACUCCAGACCCACUCUUGCUGCAGUCACAUAUGUCCCAUUCACUGACACAACUGCCGGUCAGCCAUGCCUGAGCAUCAGCCCGACAGUUGAAGCCACUGAUUGCUUGAUGGGCGGAUGAUGAGCAAAUAAUUUCUUAUGUGAGCCUGGAUGGGUUAAAUUCAUAAACUGUCCAGCAAAUAAAUAGCACUGAAUUGACCUUGCUGCCUGAUGUGUGAGCAGAUGCUUAGAAUCAGCUCACGUCACUGCAUUAAUUUCAUGAAAUGAGACAGAUGAGAAUUAAUGUGAAAAUUGUUUUGUAAGAUGAAACUUUUGUUAAUAUGUUGAAUUUUAAUUUAUUUGAAGGAUUUGAUGAGAUACGGCACUUUGUUUGAAAAAUGAUGUAA